AUGGCGCAGCAGCGGAGAUCAGCUCGUACCGCGCUGCGCGGCUCCAUGGCAGGCCCAAAGCCGCUUUUAUCUGCCUGCAAAAGUGUCGUGUUUUUGGCUUCCAUUUCGACAACGCGGAGGCAGAUGGACGCGGAGGCGGUGAGGACCACUCCUCCGUGCGCGGCUCAGACGCAGGACUCCCCCAUGAGGCCACAGGUGCCCAGGUUCUACUACAAGAAGAGGCCUGCAGGCCACAACAGAACUGGCAAGGAUGAUAGCAGCCCCAAGAUCCAACCGCCCAGCUCGCCCGUGAGCAGGCAGAGCCUGUCAACCUCUGCCAUCCCCACCUAUCAUGCUGCAGGAGGGUUCUACGAGAUCGACCACGGCAUGCUGCCCCCCAAAUCUCCAAUCCAUCUCAAGUCCAUACGCGUGGUUAAGGUGAGCGAGUACACGAGCCACGACAUCACUGCGCCGGCGGUCACCUCCUGCCUCCUCGCCACCCUCAAGUGCGAUGGCACCGGGUGGGGCGUGCGGCGCCGCGUCAGGUACAUUGGCCGGCAUCGCGAUGUUGCCAAGGAGACCAGCAUCGGCGGCUACGAAACAGAGGCCAGCGUCAAGGAGCUGCAGCGCCCGGCGCAGGAAGAUGACAGGAGGAGGAGCUCAAUCAGAGCCAAGAGGAAGCGGGAAGAAGCAGAGGGAAGCAAGGACAAGCCCGGCAACCCGGCGAAGAAGAAGAAAAGCAAGGCAUACAAGAGCCCCAAGAAGCAGAAGAGGCGCCACGUGGAGUCAAGAGACGGCGACCCUCGGCGCGGCAAGGACCGGUGGUCGGCCGAGCGGAACAUGGAGCAGCUGAGUUCUAACAUGGUGGAGCUGGGCAAGGAAGCGAAAUCUGAGGCUGAAAGAGCUUACAGUUCAUGGAAGGAAAAGUACCAGAAGGUGGUUAAGGCAAAUGAAAAGCUAGAGAAGCAGGUGUCGUCUUUGAAGGACACCUACGAGAAUGUGGUUCAGAAACACAGUAAGUUAAAGAAGGAGGUGCGGUCACUGAAGGAUAAGUAUGACUUUGUAGUUGAAAAGAAUGAUAAGCUGGAGGAGCAGAUGGCUUCUCUCUCUAGCUCCUUCCUGUCUUUGAAGGAGCAAUUUCUGUUGGCAGAGAAGCUGAAGAGUAGUGGAAUGGAGGAGGUGGCUGUUGUGGGACAGAACGAGGGCAGGCGGGCGCUAGACUUUGGUGGUGGUGAGCAGAGCCAGAGCCAGAGCCAGAUCAGGCAGCGUUCAGAUGUUACCGCCGUCGAGAAGAGGACGGCGAGGAAGAGCAGCUUCCGCAUCUGCAAGCCACAGGGCACGUUCCUGUGGCCAAGCAGCGGCGGCAGGGACAUGAGCGGGAGCGGGGGAGGCAGCAGCGGCAUCAGCAUGGACCACCACCAGCUCCCCCGCAUCGGCCGUGCCACGGCAGUUGAGGUGGUGAUGGCGGAGGAGCAGGCGAUGCUGGGGGCGGGGGACUACUUCUCCACGCCGCCAUCGGCGUCCUCCACCACCAACGCCGGCAAGCUGCUGGCCCUGCCCAGCCCCAGGUCACCCCUCCAGCCACAGCCUCUCUUCACCGUCCCGGCCUUGCACCCCUUCGCCGGCCUCACCUUGCGCCACAUGGUCUCCUCCGCCGCGCGCCUCUCCGACUCGGCGCUCAUCCUCGUCGACGCCGUCGAGGGCGUCCACAUCCAGACCCACGCCGCGCUGCGCCAGGCCUUCCUCGAGCGCCUCCGCCCCUGCCUCGUCCUCAACAAGCUCGACCGCCUCAUCACCGAGCUCCACCUCACCCCCGCCGAGGCCUAUACGCGCCUGCACCGCAUCCUCGCCGACGUCAACUCCAUCUACUCCGCGCUGCGCUCGCACUCCUACUUCUCCGUCCUCGCGUCCCUCGAGGACCAACCGUCCUCCAGCUCGUCAGCCUCGCCGGACGAUCUCCCGGACGAUGCUGAUGACGACGAGGAGGACGCCUUCCAGCCCCAAAAGGGCAAUGUCGUCUUCGCCUGCGCCCUCGAUGGCUGGGGCUUCCGCAUCCACCACUUCGCAGAGUUGUACGCCACCAAGCUUGGCGCCAGCGCCUCUGCUUUGCUGAGAGGGUUUUGGGGGCCGCGAUACUUGGACAAAAAGGUGGAUAAGAAGGGUAAGAAGAAUUUUAUGAUUGUGGGAAAGAAGGCGGUGGAGGGUACUGACCGGGAGCCCAUGUUUGUGGAGUUCAUUCUGAAGCCCCUAUGGAAAUUGUAUGAGGGAGUACUGGGGCAGGACGGGGAGAUAGUUCAGAAGGUCAUUAACAACUUCAAAUUGAACAUUCCGCAGCGGGAGCUGCAGAACAAGGACCCAAAGUUAGUUUUGCAGUCUGUGAUGAGCCGGUGGCUGCCGCUGGCAGAUGCAGUGAUGGCAAUGGUGGUCGAAUGCACUCCUGACCCUGUUGUCGCUCAAGGGGCCAGGGUUGCAAGGCUUAUGCCAAAGAGGGAGCUUGCAGCAGAGGAUGCUGCUGAUUGCGCUGAGGUUUUCUUGGAGGCAGAGAGGGUGAGAAGGUGUGUGGAGACCUGUGACGCGGGUGCAGAUUCACCGGUGGUGGUGUAUGUGUCCAAGAUGUUUGCGGUGCCAUGUAAGAUGUUACCACCGAAGGGGGUGCACGGUGAGUUGUUGAACCACCAGGAUGCAAGUGAAUCAGAGGAGUGUUUUAUGGCAUUUGCGAGAGUGUUCAGCGGGGUUCUUCAUGCAGGGCAGAAGGUUUUUGUGCUGUCGGCAUUGUACGAUCCACUGAAAGGGGAUGCAGUGCAGAAGCAUGUACAGGAGAUUGAGCUGCAAUACUUGUAUGAAAUGCUGGGACAGGGCUUGAGGCCAGUUGCCAGUGUGAGUGCUGGGAAUGUGGUUGCAAUUCAGGGCCUUGGGCAGCAUAUAUUGAAGAGUGCCACAUUGUCAUCCACCAAGAAUUGCUGGCCCUUCUCAAGUAUGAUGUUCCAGGUGUCUCCGAUGCUUAAGGUUGCAAUUGAGCCCGCCAACCCGACGGAUCUGGGAGCUCUUGUUAAAGGGAUCAAGCUUCUUAACCGAGCAGACCCAUUUGUUGAGUACACUGUCACGCACAGGGGUGAACAUAUCCUUGCCGCAGCUGGGGAGGUUCAUUUGGAGCGGUGCAAAAAGGAUCUGGAGGAAAGGUUUGCAAAGGUUAAAUUGGUCGUUUCGGACCCCCUGGUCUCCUUUAAAGAGACGAUCGAAGGAGAAGGUGCUGGCUUAUUGGAAGGCUUGAAGGCUCCGCAUGCAUUUGUUGAGAGGACUACUCCAAACGGGAGAUGCACUGUGAGAGUUCAGGUCCUAAGGCUUCCCAAUGCUCUGACCAAGGUCCUCCAAGAAAGUGAUCAAUUGCUUGGUCAAAUAAUGGAGGGGAAAACAGCAAAGAGGAAUGUAAUGUCAAACCCACAAAUUUCUCAAGAUGAUUGUGAUUCUGUUGCGAUGCUUAGGCAGCGCAUGGUCAGUGCCAUAGACAGUGAAUUGGAAGCCAUUUCUGAGCAAGUGGAUAAGGAAAAACUUCAGAAGUGUAGAAAGACAUGGCUUGGGUACCUCAAAAGGAUCUGGUCCUUGGGUCCUUGGCAGGUUGGCCCAAACUUCCUUCUCUUGCCUGAUGUUGAAUCAAGUGAUGGUGUGAUAACCAUGGAAGAUGGAAGGCAAGGUAUUCUUGUGCGUGGUAGAGCAGAUUUUUCUGAGAGAUUGGGGUUUGUGAGUGGAUCUGAUGCUGAAGCUAACCAUACUCCUGACAGCACUAAAUCAUCAGCAGAUACUCCUGAAUCGUUACAUCUAGAAUCUGUGGCACUAAGGAACAGCAUUCUUUCAGGAUUUCAGUUUGCCACGAAUGCAGGGCCUUUAUGUGAUGAACCAAUGUGGGGUCUGGCAUUUAUCAUUGAGCCUUACAUAUUUGCUGACAACUCUGAUGCUGCCCAUCAAUCUGAUCAAUACAACAUCUUCAGUGGCCAAGUAAUAACUGCAGUUAAAGAAGCAUGCCGAGCAGCCGUUCUUCAGAACAACCCAAGGCUUGUCGAAGGCAUGUAUUUCUGUGAAUUGACCACCCCGACUCAGCAACUAGGUUCAACAUAUGCAGUUCUUGGUAGGAGACGAGCGAAGAUUUUGAAAGAAGAGAUGCAAGAAGGGACUUCAGUAUUUACAGUGCACGCUUACUUGCCUGUUGCCGAGAGCAUUGGAUUUUCUAGUCAGCUCAGGACCUUAACAUCAGGUGCAGCCAGUGCGCUGCUUGUUCUUAGCCACUGGGAUGCUAUUCAGGAGGACCCUUUUUUCAUCCCAAAGUCACAGGAGGAGAUUGAAGAAUUUGGAGAUGGGGCAAGCAUUGGGCCAAACUUGGCUAAGAAGCUUAUGAAUUCUGUGAGGCGGAGGAAAGGAUUGCAUGUUGAAGAGAAAGUUGUGGAGCAUGGCACGAAACAGCGAACUCUCUCUAGGAAAACAUAG